CCAGCCCCGAGGGGUGCCCUAUUUGGGACGUCUGAGCAAGAGGAAGGGUCCGGGAUUUGCCUUCGUGCUUGGAUUGCCAGAUCCAAAGAGCAGGCACAGCCUGCCAAGACGAUGACAGUCACUUAUUCCAGCAAAGUAGCAAAUGCCACUUUCUUUGGAUUUCACAGAUUACUCCUAAAGUGGAAAGGCAGCAUCUACAAAUUGCUGUACAGAGAAUUUAUUGUUUUUGCUACUCUUUACACAGCGAUAAGUGUAUUAUACAGAUUUUUUCUUACAGGAAGCCAAAAACGGUUCUUUGAAAAAUUAUCAAUUUACUGUGACAAAUAUGCUGAACAAAUCCCAGUAACUUUUGUGCUUGGUUUCUAUGUCACGUUGGUGGUGAACCGGUGGUGGAACCAGUUUGUGAAUUUGCCAUGGCCAGACCGACUGAUGUUCUUGAUCUCCAGCUGUGUCCAGGGAAGAGAUGAAUACGGCCGCUUGCUCAGGAGGACUCUAAUGCGCUACGUGAAUUUAACUUCUCUGCUGAUCUUUCGCUCCGUGAGCACAGCCGUCUACAAAAGGUUUCCCACCAUGGACCAUGUGGUGGGUGCAGGUUUUAUGACAAGAUAUGAAAGAAAAAUAUUUGAUGACCUUAAGUCUCCCCACCUAAAAUACUGGGUUCCCUUUGUCUGGUUUGGAAAUCUGGCAUCCAAGGCACGGAAGGAGGGUAGAAUUCGAGACAGUGUGGAUCUGCAGACGCUAAUGAAUGAGAUGAAUAAGUACCGGUCUUGGUGUAGCCUUUUGUUUGGCUAUGACUGGGUUGGAAUUCCACUGGUCUAUACACAGGUUGUUACUCUUGCAGUCUAUACCUUUUUCUUUGCCUGCCUGAUAGGGCGACAAUUUUUGGAUACUGACCAAGGGUAUCAGGGACAUGACUUAGAUCUUUACAUUCCAGUCUUCACACUGUUACAGUUCUUCUUCUACGCAGGAUGGCUCAAGGUCGCAGAACAACUUAUUAAUCCAUUUGGAGAAGAUGAUGAUGAUUUUGAAACUAAUUGGUGCAUCGAUCGAAACUUACAGGUCUCGCUUCUGGCGGUGGAUGAGAUGCACAUGAACUUACCGAGGAUGGAGAAAGAUAUUUACUGGAAUGACUCUUCUGCCCGGCCACCCUACACAAAAGCAGCUGCUGAUUACUGCAUUCCGUCAUUCCUUGGAUCGACUAUUGAAAUGGGGCUGGCUGAUACCGAAUUCCUCUAUGGGGAAGAGUGGCCCUGGGAAGAGGAGAAACACCGAAGACAACACUCAGUGCUGAGAAGAGUCAAGAGAUUUCUCAGUGUCCAUGAGAGUCCUUCAUCCCCUGCUCACCGGCGCUACAAUCGGCAGACGAGUGAGAAUUCGGUGUUUUUCCCGGCAGAUGAAAAGGGGCACAUCAGAAGGCUGCAAGAAAUGCACACAAGGGGGAGACAUUCUACCUCAAGCUUCAAGAAGAAACAUGAAGGCGUUGAAAGAAGUAACAGACUUCACAGUAGCAGAGAUCUAGGACCGAUAACUGAAACCUCAAGGAAUGAGACACAGUUCAAUGACAGUGACACCUCAUCUGAGACAAGCAAGCCAGUUCCUGAGGUCAUCAUCUCUGAAGUCGAGGAGAAAGCACCUGAUGUGCUGGGCAAACCCGCUCUGCAAACAGAGAGCACCACAGGUAUGCCAGAAGAGAAGCUCCAAAGGAGCCUAACUGAGGCAGACGUGACUCUUCUGGACCUUCCUUUCUUCCCCCCAGAAGUGACUACAUACCUCCCAGACUCUGACAUGCAUCAGUCACUUCCUAGCAUGAUAAGGGAGCCCAAACACGAACCCCAUAGUAGUAACAUAGCCGGUUUCGUAACAGAUCAUGAGGGAAACCUCCAGCGAUGGAGUUUACCAAGCUUCCACAGUCCCAGUACAAUGUCAAAUGCUGACUCUGCACCUCCCGUAACAGAUCCUGGGACAACUUUACAACAAAGGACCUUAAGUGAUGGAAAAAACGUUACUUCUGCUGCUGCUCCAGAGACAUUUGAAAUGCACCACUUACUAGGUAACCUGGAUACAAAAGAAACAGCCAUAGUAGAAUUUUCUAAUGAGAAAAGUGAAAGAAAACUUUGACAGUGCUUCUUCUGGGUCUGGCUGAACUUCCUCUCUUUUCUUGAAAAUGGUUCUCACACAGAUUUGUUGCAAAGUCCAGAAAGGCAGGCAUGCUGCUCAGACAAGUCCUGAGCAAGAUCCAGUAGAGGAUUUGGGCACCUAAACAGGAGGCACUGUGGUGACAUGCUUUAAGCCAUUUGGUCACUUGCUUCAAAUCUGUGACCCUGUGGGGAAAACACUUAUGGAGAGAACUGAGAGCCUCAGAAGUGGAUGCAAACCAGGCAGCACACACAGCAGUGAGAUGUAUAGGCUCACCUAGAGGAAACACUAAGGUAAAGAAGAGCAGAGGUGGCUUUGUACACUUUGGAUCCACCCUGAACACUGCCAUCUAAUCUGACGGCCAUUCUCUCGGAUUUAAGCCUGUAACAUCCUCGCAAGAUCACCAACAGUUUUGGUUUCUAGUCAAGCAGCUGGAAAGGGAGAUGUGGGCUCAAUUCCCUCAGCCUGGAGAGAUUCAGUCUAAUAUCUCCCACUGCCUGGAGGGAUGCUUGAAAAAUCAGGCUCCUUGCUUGUGGUUUGUGGGGGCAAGAGCCCGCUCUG